UACUGAUAUUGGAUAGAAACUGUAUGACUGUAUUAGCAGAAGAGGCUCAAAAAAUUUUUUAACUGCUGAAAUCUUUUAAUUUAGGACUUUGAGAGAAGAGCAACAGAAGACAAAACUGAUAACAGGAAAAAGUACACUUAAUUAUGAACUGUGUGGCUUUUAUGGUGGUGACUACCAGUUUUCUCUCUUGGACUGAUGCAGUUAAUCGCUACUUCAGUAAAGACAAUGAUAAAACACUACAGUAUCUGAUGGAACCACCGGUGUAUGCUGAGAUAAAAGCACGCCGGGGAGAGAAUGCAACCCUGCCGUGUGUUCUGCGAACUGUACCUUCUCAAUACAGAGUAAAGUGGAGUAAAGUUGAUCCUCUUCAUACAGAAUCAGAAAAUAUCAUUCUCAUCAGUAAUGGGCAUGAGGUUAAGCACUAUGGCAUAUGGCAAUCUAAAGCAAGUCUUCGACAGAUGCAUGCUUUGGACAUCUCUCUCUGCCUCACCAAGCUGGAACUCCAAGAUUGUGGUCUCUACCAGUGUGAACUGAUCAAUGGUAUAGACGAUGAGCGUGUCACCAUUACUCUAAGCAUUGAAGGAGUUGUAUUUCCUUAUCAAAGCAGCCAUGGUCGUUAUAAGUUUACCUACUUUGAUGCCAAAAAAGCUUGCGCGGAGCAGGAUGCAACACUGGCAACAUACACACAGCUUUACAGGGAAUGGACAGAUGGUCUGGAGUGGUGUAAUGCUGGGUGGCUAAAUGAUGGGACUGUCCACUACCCUAUUCUGAAUCCACGGCCAGCUUGUGGGAAAGAUCUUCCUCCAGGGAUACGCAGCUAUGGGCCCCGGCACAAGACCAAGGAGCGUUACGAUGCCUUCUGCUUCACCUCUACCACUGAGGGUUCAGUGUUCUAUGUCCCUGGGCCUCUAAAUUUUUUGGAAGCAGCUCAUGCUUGUAAGGAGAAAGGAGCAAGCCUGGCCCUUGUAGGACAAAUCUACUCUUCCUGGAAGUUUUUAGGGUUGGAACGCUGUGAUGGAGGCUGGCUACAAGAUGGUAGUGUACGCUUUCCCAUCAUUAUCCCUAAGAAACGCUGUGGAGGACUUCCACAGCCAGGAGUUCACAGUUUUGGAUUCCCUAAAAAGAGUAUUAGUCUCUAUGGAGCAUAUUGUUACAGAUAAAUACCAACAUAGUAAAUGACUCAAUCAAGGUCUACACCAGUCUACACCAGACAAAAAAGUGCCACUGUAACACUUCCCAUAUAGUCUGGGAAUUAUAACUUUUUCCCUCUCAGCAAUAUGAGAUAAUGUUUAGACUUGAUAUUUUGGCAGUUCAGAAGACUAGAUUUGUUCCAUGGGAAUGCAGGAUUUUUUGGAGCUAAAGCUUCAACAUUCCUAUGUGUUUCUCAUGUGAGUCUGAAAUCAGUGAAUACUAUUUAAAGGUGAUCCUACAAUUAAUGUAUAAAUAGCUGAU